UGACCCGAGCAAUAUAUUAAGUAAUUAUGGCAAAGGAAAAGAAGAGAUCUGUCUCCUGCCACUGCUUCUUCCUUCUCACAGCCAAGUGCUGCUGGCUGCUCACAUCCAUGCAGAAGACAGAAGCCCAGGAACAUGCCCACUCCAUUCGUCUGGAAGGUGAUAUCAUCUUAGGAGGACUGUUCCCUGUUCAUGCUAGAGGAGAGCGGGGAGUUGCCUGUGGAGAGUUAAAAAAAGAAAAGGGGAUCCAUAGACUGGAGGCUAUGCUUUAUGCCAUUGACCAGAUCAAUAAGGAUCCCGACCUGCUUCCUAAUGUCACACUGGGUGUCCGGAUACUAGACACCUGCUCCAGGGACACUUAUGCUCUGGAGCAGUCCUUGACAUUUGUGCAAGCGCUGAUUGAGAAAGACGCAUCUGAUGUAAGGUGUGCCAAUGGGGAUCCUCCUAUUUUCACCAAACCCGACAAGAUCAUAGGAGUAAUUGGUGCUUCUGCCAGUUCAGUGUCAAUAAUGGUUGCUAACAUACUGAGACUUUUUAAGAUACCUCAAAUUAGCUAUGCAUCUACCGCACCUGAACUGAGUGACAACACCAGGUAUGACUUUUUUUCCCGAGUUGUCCCACCUGAUUCAUAUCAAGCCCAGGCCAUGGUUGAUAUUGUCACUGCUAUGGGAUGGAAUUAUGUGUCGACUCUGGCUUCUGAGGGAAACUAUGGAGAGAGUGGUGUAGAGGCAUUCAUACAGAUCUCAAGGGAGUCUGGUGGUGUUUGUAUUGCACAGUCCCUUAAAAUCCCUCGAGAGCCAAAACCUGGAGAAUUUGACAAGAUCAUCCUGCGCUUGUUGGAAACCUCAAAUGCUCGUGCUGUGAUUAUGUUUGCAAAUGAAGAUGACAUCAGAAGGGUGCUGAAUGCAGCCAAAAGGAACAAUCAGACUGGCCAUUUCCUCUGGGUUGGUUCUGAUAGCUGGGGCUCCAAAAUUGCUCCAGUUGUACAACAAGAAAAGGUGGCUGAAGGGGCUGUCACAAUCUUACCCAAAAGAGCUUCUGUUGAUGGAUUUGAUAGAUAUUUUAGGAGCCGAUCCCUGGCUAACAACAGAAGAAAUGUGUGGUUUGCAGAAUUCUGGGAAGAAAAUUUUGAGUGCAAAUUAGGAUCACAUGCAAAGAAACUUGGGAGUUUGAAGAAAUGCACAGGAUUAGAAAAGAUUGGGAGGGAUUCCACCUAUGAGCAAGAAGGAAAAGUGCAGUUUGUCAUAGACGCAGUUUAUGCCAUGGCUCAUGCAUUGCACAGAAUGCAUAAGGAGCUUUGCACAGGAUAUAUUGGUCUUUGUCCAAGAAUGAGCAGCAUUGAUGGAAAGGAACUGCUAAGCUAUAUAAGAGCUGUAAACUUUAAUGGAAGUGCAGGAACCCCUGUCAUCUUUAAUGAGAAUGGGGAUGCUCCAGGGCGAUAUGAUAUUUUUCAGUAUCAAAUCACCAACAGGUCAACAGCAGAAUACAAGGUUAUUGGACACUGGACUGAUCAGCUUCACCUGAAUCUUGAUGCUAUGCGGUGGACGAGAGGAGAUCCCUCCAUACCUGCCUCAGUCUGCAGUGUCCCCUGUAAGCCCGGUGAGCGGAAGAAAAUUGUAAAAGGAGUUCCCUGCUGCUGGCACUGUGAACGCUGUGAAGGCUACCAUUACCAGGCUAACGAGUUUAGCUGUGAGCUGUGUCCUUAUGAACAGAGGCCCAGUGAAAACCGCACAGGCUGUCAACCAAUCCCUAUCAUAAAGCUGGAAUGGCACUCACCUUGGGCCAUUGUGCCCGUCUUUAUUUCAAUGCUAGGGAUCAUUGCCACAACUUUUGUCAUUGUGACUUUUGUCCGUUACAAUGAUACGCCCAUUGUAAGGGCUUCUGGCAGGGAACUGAGCUAUGUUCUUCUGACUGGGAUUUUCUUGUGUUACGCCAUAACCUUUUUAAUGAUUGCAACGCCUGACAUGGCAGUUUGUUCUUUCAGGCGCAUAUUUUUAGGACUUGGGAUGUGCUUCAGUUAUGCUGCCUUGCUAACUAAGACCAACAGGAUUCACCGCAUCUUUGAGCAAGGGAAGAAGUCUGUCACUGCACCCAAGUUUAUAAGCCCUGCAUCACAGUUAGUCAUAACCUUCAGUCUCAUCUCCUUUCAGCUGUUGGGUGUAUUCAUCUGGUUUGCUGUUGACCCUCCGCAUACUAUUGUGGACUUUGGGGAACAGAGAACGCAGGAUCCCGAGAAUGCCCGAGGGGUUCUCAAAUGUGAUAUUUCAGAUCUUUCCCUUAUCUGUUCUCUUGGAUACAGUAUUCUUUUGAUGGUUACAUGUACUGUUUAUGCCAUAAAAACAAGAGGUGUUCCAGAGACAUUCAAUGAAGCCAAGCCAAUUGGAUUUACUAUGUACACAACCUGCAUCAUUUGGUUAGCUUUUAUACCAAUAUUCUUCGGUACUGCCCAGUCAGCGGAAAGGAUGUACAUCCAGACCACAACCCUUACAAUUUCUAUGAGUUUAAGUGCUUCAGUCUCUCUGGGUAUGCUCUAUAUGCCUAAGGUUUAUAUUAUCAUCUUCCAUCCAGAGCAGAAUGUGCAAAAACGUAAGCGUAGCUUCAAGGCUGUAGUGACGGCAGCCACGAUGUCAAGCAAACUGACACAAAAAGGAAGUGACAGACCAAAUGGAGAGGUCAAAACGGAACUCUGUGAAAGCCUGGAAACUAACACUUCAUCAACCAAGACAACGUAUGUCAGCUAUAGCAAUCAUGCAAACUGAAAACCAUUCAAAAGGAAAUCCCUAAGGUGCACAUUUGCAAAUACAGGAUUUCUCAAGUAUGAAGACAACUGGAACCUUUUACCAGCACUGAAGCAUGAGACAUUGGUAUUAUUUUGCUGAAACUGAUGGCUAAGACACCUUUCAGCUAAGAAGAGUACAGAGUUUGUUUGCUUGUAUGAUUAAGUAUUAACAGCACAGAUAUGAAAAAGAACAAAGUGGCUGAAAGCCAGAACAAAAAGAACACUUAGCUUUGGGCAACAAAAUGCCAUCAGAGUCAACCAUAUUUGUUGUUAUUAUACUUGUAAGUAUUUUUGUGGUUGUGAAAUUUUUUCAUUCUUGUCCCAGCUUUGUCCAACCUGCAUAACGAGAUGAGAUUGUCUCUUGCAAUGGCUAACUGGAUUGAAGCCCUGGGUUGUGAACCUAUAAAUGCAAUGGUUGAAGCAUGCCAAUUUUUAUACAAAUAAUUUAUUUAUAAUAAAGGAAUGUUUUGCAAAUGUU